AUGACUUCUCACAAGAUCCUUGUUCUGCCAGGCGAUGGUGUUGGCCCCGAGAUUAUCGCCGAGGCUAUUAAGGUGCUUGAGGUGAUCCAAAAAGCCUCUGGCGUGAAAUUUGAGGUCCGCUCAGAAUUGAUGGGAGGUUGCAGUAUUGACAAGCACGGCGUCGCUUUGACUCAAGAAGUUCUGGACGUGGCCAAGGCAAGCGAUGCGGUCUUGUUCGGGUCAGUCGGUGGGCCUAAGUGGGGCGCUGGCAAAGUGCGACCAGAGCAGGGCGUCCUAGCCUUACGCCACGGACUCAAUGCCUUUGCGAACCUUCGUCCUUGCAAGUUCGCGAGCAAGUCCCUUGUUGAUCGAGGUCCUAUCCGACCCGAGCUCACAGAGGGAACCGACUUUAUUCUUGUGCGAGAAAAUUGUGGAGGUGCUUACUUCGGAGACAAGACUGAAGAGGAGGACUUUGCAUCGGACGCUUGGGCGUACUCCCGAGCAGAAGUUGAACGGGUUGCAAAGGUCGCCGCCGACUUGGCUAUAGAGACAGACCCGCCUCAGCAAGUCAUUUCGUGCGACAAGGCCAACGUUCUUGCUGUCAGUCGGCUUUGGCGUCGAGCCGUGACGGACUUUUUCGCGAGGGAGUAUCCGCAGAUCAAGCUUUCUCACCAGCUUGCCGAUAGCGCAGCCAUGCUUAUGGUCAAAGAUCCUCGCUCGUUCAAUGGAGUGGUCCUCAUGGAUAACACGUGA